GAUGCACAUUACCUUGAAAGCUUUCGUGUCUAUCGUGAAAGAUCGAGCGAAAGUAAGAAAUUAUUUGAGAGCUUCCAGACUCACAUACCACCAUUAAUUCAAAGCCGAAUGGUUCCCGAGUGUCAACGAUUAAAUAUUUUGAGCGUUGGAAGUGCCGAAGGGACGACAGAUCUAAUGAUCCUUAAAAUUAUCGGGCAAGAAGUUCAGAAGAGUGAACACGGUCAACGUAUAGAAAUCUUCAACCGAGCCAUUGAGCCUAAUGGCUCUUCCUGCGACCUCUACAGAGAAGCUAUCAAAAAUCUUUCAAGUCCACUCGGUAAAACACAAACUUUUUUUGAAAUCUGCCAGCAGACCUUUGAUGAUUACCAAGAAACCAAGAAAGAUGAAAUAAAGUUCGACCUCAUACACUUCAUACAUAGUAUUUACUACGUUGACAAGGAAGAGACUUUGAUUCGCUGCAUUGAAAAAGAACUAAGUGAUAAGGGACAUUUCCUCAGCGUGGUUCAGACAACUCAAGAUCUUAACUAUUUGGUAUUUUCAAAGCAAAAACGACCCACAAAGGAAAUAAGUGAAAAAUCUGAAAAGUUGAUCCAGAUCGCCAAGAAGCAUAACUGGAACUAUGAGGUGCACACCUCAGAAUACGCGAUUGACUUCACCCACGUUUUUGACCCCAAGUCAACUGAAGGAAAUCUGCUGCUGGACUUCAUGACGCACACCGUGGAUUAUCGCAACACCGCUGACAAACAACUGGUGCAAGAAACACUGGCUUUUAUCGACGAAAAGACUGUUCUGAAGGACGGUAAAAAAAUUGGCAAGGGGGAGUUCUCUCUAGUUGUCAUCAGCAAAAGAUGCGACAUGUGAUAGUUACGUCUACUAUAUCAAGUAUUAAAUGAUGUAACAAGAUGGGUAGCGUAAAGAAAUACCUUAGUAAAAAUAACGAAUGCCGUCAUAGUUACUGUGUUGCAGUAGGGUCUCUUUUAGGGAUCACAUGAAGCGUAAGCCACGCCCAGAUUGGUAUCCUUAAAGGAUUUUGAUUUGACGACAGGAAAAAAUGGCGGUGUUGCAUAGUGUGUUACUGAAAUAUGUAAGGUCUCAGGUAAGCAAAUUUGGGCUUCUUUUAAGCGCGCAACGACAUUGGAGUUUGAUGACCCUGACACUUUUCUGGGGAUCGUUGUCUUGAGACUUUUUUUCUUAGAGCUCCAAAGCCCUUUUUAUAAAACCUGGUGUACGUUGGGUCCUAAAGAGACCUCGAAAGAGAUCGAUAUAUAUUGCUUAGUUAUUCCCUGCCAUUGUGAUCUGGAGCUAGAGAUUGUUCUUAUAUUUUGAUUGGCGGUAACUUAACAUGACAAAGGCUUUCAUCACCGAGACUACCAAAUUUAUGUAUAUUUAUGUAAGAACAGGCGCGGAUCUACACCGGUUUCCACCGUUUUACGGAAAUCGGUCAGAUUUUUCAUAAGAAACUUAUUUUUAAUAAUAAGAACUUUCCAAGUUGAAAUCUGGAAAAUGGUCUGGACAAAUGUUUUCUUUUUCCAAUUUCUGGGAAUUGGAUGCCCUCCCCCCCCCCUCCAAUGAAUCAGAAACCCGGGAAAGCGAACUUUAGGAAGCUAGUAUCCAAAAAAAUUCCCGGCGAUGCAUGUCCCCGGGCUCCCCUAGAAGCUUGCUCUCUCGGCCCCUUGUUUAGGAAAUCGGUCAGUAUUUAUGCUAGAUCCGCGCCUGAAGAACUCUUUCUGACUAUAAUCAUAACCAUUACAAUUUCCUAAAAUUUGAUUGGUGCAUUUUUCACCACUUAUUGUGAAGGGUUGUAAUCGGACAGUUGGCUGUAAUCGGCCAGCGACAUUAGCCAAUCAUAUCAAGUGCACUCAGCUAAAUCCACCAACCACAGAAUUUAUCACAGUAACCAUAGCAACAACCACUGGGGAUUUUCCAAAAUGGACGAAUUUGUAACAUCAGGCAGAUCAGGCGGUGUCUCUGCCAAUGUUAUUUUCCCAAAUUUGGAUAGUUGGUAUUAAUAAAAAUAAAAUAAUGCAUUUGUUUUCUCGGAAAUUGUAAUGGUUAUGAUUCAAUGGUAACAGGACUUCGAGUCGUCCAGUUCGGUCUAUAAUCAUACUCUUGAUUAAACAAAUCCAGGGGCGGAUCGAGGGGGAGGGUGCAGGGGGUGCGCACCCCCCUCCCCCCUGGGAUGACCUGCGGUUUUCUAAUACAACUGGUAUUCUGCAAAAAAAAACUAUGUGCUUUAUUGGUGUUGAAGUAGAGCAAGAGACGAGUGCACCCCCUCCUAAAAAAAAUCCUGGAUCCGCCCCUGAAAUCGGACGCACGCUACGCGGUCGUGCGAUUUUGUUUAUCCCUUGUAUGAUUAAAGACCGUGUUGGACUCCACUCAGUUCUAUCAGCUUGUGGAGGCAGUGUGGCAGAGCGGUUAGAGCGCUGGACUUGCAAUUCAGAGGUAGUUGGGAUUCUUAACCCUGUUAUGUUUGAUUUAAAUUAUUUGUGUCAGUCAUUUGCUCGGCGCCACUAGCAUAAGUGCUAUAAAUACUGCCGAGGGUAAUUAAAGGAAUGAUUGUUAUUAUUAUUAUUAUUAUUAUUAUUAUUAUUAUUAUUAUUAUUAUUAUUAUUACUAUUAUUAUUAUUAUUAUUAUUAUUAUUAUUAUUAUUAUUAUCUCGCAGUAUAAAACUUUGGAAUGCUGUCCACAUUAUGAGUAGUAUAGGGCGCAUAACGGGUCAGGCUGAUUAGUUCUGAUAAUAUUAUUACUCAUCCAGUUACCUAUACUAUGAUUUAGAGUAGCCAAAACCAGAAAGAGAAUUUGCAAGCAUUUUAGCCAGCACAUCUAACAGCUUCAAACCCUCAGCCCCACCUAAGCAAACCGCCCUGUGCUAACAGGGACUCCGGGGCAAACAACCACAACAGCCUUAAUCAGCCCUACAUGAACAAAGACAACAAAGCCGUGGUCAGGGAGUCGUAGGCCUUCUGCUCUUGUUUAUUGGGUGGAUGUGGUAUAUGAGGUGGAAAGCAUUCCCGGGGGUUACUCCUUGGAUGUCUUUCUGGGGUGUUCCGCCCUGUUAUUGAAAUCCUGACCCUAUUUCAGACCAAAAACUGUCAGUCUUCACACCCGUUUUCAUACUUGGCCUCUAAAAUCCAUGAACUUUUUCAGACCUAGUGUAGGCAGAAAUCAUGUCAUCAUUACUUAGAAAUGGGCGAAGUCUAUACCCGUUUUCUGCCUGAGACGGCGCAAAAACCCUACCCUUAGGGGAGGCAUAUCCCUAUAUGGAAUAUAAAGGAGUACCAACCCCCCCCCCCCGCCACCUUACCAACCCGACCCUUUUUGUUAUUCCAGUUUUAAAUUAUAGCUGCUUGAUAAUCAUUCCCAGCUGGCUUUGGUAUAAUACGACCCCAGUCGCCUGGUCCACAGAUCUUCAUUUCAAGUGUCCAUUUACCACAGACCCAGAAGUGACGAAACAGUCUAGAAGCGAAACAACUAUAAAAAAUAUAAUAAGGGUUAUUACAGAAGUAUAAUCAAACCGAGAAAACCGUGAACACCAAAAUUAUUUCUGAAACGUUAUUGUGUUUGAAGGGAAAAGCCAACGAGGCGUGAAAAAAACUAAACCGCGAGCAAUAAGUUUAAUUAGUUUUUGAUUUUGUUGCUAGCUUGCAUGCCCUGAUCUUUGUUGUGAUUGGUCAUAACACAAUUAACAUUCCUGAGUUAUUGCAAUUGUUCGCCGUUUUGUCGGUUUGAUUGUAAACGUAUUUUGGCUCAGGUCAAUGUUUUCAACUCGCUUAACUAUCGGACUUCAUCCUCGAAUCAAGUGCUUUCAUUUAUUUCAGCAACAAAAAAACAAAUGUUACCAGAAGCAACUUCCACGUGCAUUAAUCCACUGAUAUAUAAACGAUGCCCGCACUCGGAAAACCAGUUUGAAGAGAAAAAACAAAGGGUUGUUUACCAUUUGCAAAACCUUUCCGGAAAAUCUGGUUGAAUAGCAAACAAGGGUUUUGAAAUGUCAUCCGCGUCUUUGCGCCCCACCCCCCAACCGAGAGGGAUGACAUUCAUGUCGUUCUAGUGUAAAAUUUCAGGGAGCAACGGAACAUCUGUAGAGGUACUUAUCAGAGGGCUUACCAUUUUUACGGAACUUUCGGUCAAAAUUUUCCGACCAAUGGUAGUAGUAUUUUUUUUUUCGAACAGAAAACAGGAAUACGGUUGAGCUGUACCAUUUACAAAAUAUCGGUAAAUCUUUCGCUUUCACUCGAAACUGGCACUGGAAGUCCACACAAAUGGUACAGAAAAUUUCGGUCGUUUUAGCCUGUGUGCACCCUUUCUUUCUUGCGCCCAUUUAUUUCCUAGUGCCUGCAACCCAGGCUACGGUUGUUCAAGUAAAAGCAAGAAAAAGGUUUCAAUACCUCGCUAGAUAUUACCUUUUUUCCGAAAAAUUUCUACCGGAUUGAACCAUUGCAUUUGAAUUUUUCCCUGAAUUACCGGGUUUUCCUUACUGAAAUGAUAAGUGCUCCUUUCCGGACGGAAUCAGUUCCAAACCGAGAUCUACUAGAUUCGAAUUCCAUUGGUAAAAACCCGCCUUUUACACCAUAUUCAGGCUUUUGCGGCCAUCUUUCGGUAAAACGAAUUGAUAUUGAUUUGUGUAAAUGAUGAACACAAUUCCGGAAUGAAAUUUAGUCCUGUGAAUUUUUCUUAACAUUUGCCGAAACCGAGAACCGACCGGUUUGCCAAUGUAAACGAUAAACAACCAGAUUGACUAGUCCAGAAAUUCGGGUUUUCGGCAUCUUCAAAGGCUUGAUGCGGUUCGGGCAGAGCGUCCCUUUCGCGGCUCACUCAAAAAGACCAAAGGAGGCUGUGCGCACAGGGUGUAGUUCUCCAUAGAGUUCAGAGCUAAAAUUUCAGAGUGUGGGAGCGGCGUCGCCAUACAACAAAGGUAAGGUUGCCUCGUUAAAAUAUUGUGACACAUUUACAGCUCCUUUAAGCAAAGACUAAAGUAUAAUGUUAUAAUUUUUUGUGGGGAGGUAGAUAAUGUUUGAUUUAUUGGGCAUGUGAUUGGGUAAAACGGAUACGCUAGAAACGUUUGAUAUGAUGUCCCAACAAGCAGCUAAUGAUGAAGUCAAUUAUUUUAACUGUAUUUUAUGUUUCUGCGGAAUUUACGGUCUGGCAAACAGCUGAUUCUGCACGCUUCUGCUGUGUGCAAAACAAGCAGAAAAGAAGACAGUGUUCAGUGAAAAACACAGCGCAAGUUUGUUUGAACAGUAAAAUCACUGCCGUGGAACCUCGAUAAAACGACCCUAACGAAGUCCUUGGUAUCACGAACGAUAUUCUUCGCCCCAGUAAUAGUAAAAUAUAAGGAACUGAACCUUGAUAUAACGAAGCCUCGUUAAAGUGAACACAUUUUUCUAUUCCUUUGGCCCUUUAUGAUAUCGAGGUUUCACUGUACUUGAGCUGAGAGGAAUAAACUGUCUUCCCAUAACGCAAUGCGUUUCAAAAUGAUUUCUCGAGAUUUUCGUGACGUCAUCAUUCGGCUGAGGCGCUUGAACAAUUCUGAUCAACAUGGCGUUGCUAGAGCGCGAAAAUAAGCACACUUCGAAUUUUGCAGCUCUUAUAAAUUCGCUACAUUUCAAAAGACGAUUACUCUAUUCGCCUUUUUGGUCAGGGAUGCAUUGAACCUGUUUUUCGUCAUGCCUGUGCUAGUUUUGUAAAAAAAAAAUGACAGAAAGAGAGUUUAGUGGUACCACUCGAAAUCAUUCAUAACCUAGAAGUUGAUUUCCUCGAAUGUAGUCUCCGCAGUCCUGGUUUGGUUUUUGGAAUCACUAGCUGUAAAUUAAAGGUAAGUAGAAUGUACCAUUCUUUAAUUAUUUAAUCAUAGAAUUCUCCUUUCGUGGAGAGUUUUUGUCGUUCGUUCUGUGUUGUUGCUUUACGAGAUUCGCGAUAUGCGCUCUCGUGUCAGUGAAGUACUUAAGUUGCUUUAUCAAGAUAUAAACGGUAACUCACACUCCUAAUAUUUCUUUAGUUUACAGAUCCUUAAAGAAGACGAUGAUUCUUAUUAAGAAGGUGUUCUGGUACUUCCUUUGUAGUUUGUAAAAUAGCGGAAUUCCAUUUUUGUAAACACUGAUAGGCUUUGCAAUGCAGUAGAUCUCUGUAAUGAUUCAAAUUCCUUUUGUACCCACUUAUAAAUUUGGUUGCAUCUGGUGGUGUUGAGACACUUUCUGUUAUAAAUGAAAGAAUUUUGCGAACAUUAAGUUGAGUCCAUAUUACUGCCUACUUUACAACCAUAACAAGAAAAAUGGCCACCAUUUUUAGGUCAGGACUGUAAUUCUCCUGUUAAGAUGUCUUAAUAAAGUUUAAUAAGUUACUCUUCCAUCUUUGGAAGAAAGCUGGAAGACGGAAUUGAAAAAAGGGCCAUACGAUACAUGUAGCUUAAAAAACAUCGUCUUUCAGUGGAUACUACACACACAAAAAAGCUACCCAAAGGAAGAUUUAUAAUCACGUAUUGGAAGAGAAAUCACUCCCUAUCGAAUAAACUUCAAGAGAGAGAAAAAUCUCAAAAAGGGCUCAUCGUAGUAUCUUUUGUAGGAGACAUUGCAAAAACACGGGUAUGUUAACUUUAUGUUCAGUUAAUGGCUGUCUUCGCUUCUUUAUCUCCUAUAAGUUACUCCUAGCGUGGUAUUAGAUGAAUGUCGAGUAUACACUGGUCAAUGUGUUCAAAUGUGUUGCCCUAUAAUUAUAAACUUGGAGGCUUUAUUAACACAUAUCUUCACCAAAAUGACCCAAGUAACAUCCUGGUUAGGAUACAAGUCUUGGAACAAGAAAAGAUAGGUAUCAUUUUAAACUGGAAUUAAAAAACAUCUCAUAAGCUCCUAUAGCCGGUCUGCUCGCCACUUCUUUUUUCUACUUUUCCCAUGUUAUUUGUAGGUAAAUUUCUAUUAUUGUGUGGCAAAUAAAAUAAAAUAAAUAAUAAAUUAUAAUAGCGCCAACUAAAGUAUAUUUUCUUUCUCCUUUCAGUAUCGUGAUCUCCAAUAGAAAUAUAUUCAUAGCUAAACGAGAUACAAGACAAUGCAAAAAAUAAUGUCUUUAAUCAUAUUUCAAACUUGUCAUUGGAAGUAACAGUUAAUUUCUUAUUUACGUGCUAUGUCAUUGAGAAUCCUCUACUGUAUAAAAUUUUGAAUUGUAGACGGACUAUUUCAAUGUCUCUUACUGACAACAUCGAGUAAACAAUAUCGUUUUCCAGUUUAGAAGUUAUUAUGUGCACGCUUGAUUUUGCAGAUUUGUUGAAUAAGCACGUUAACCAUACUUUCCUCAAACAUUGUUAACUUAAAGGACUCAUUUGAUUCAUGUUUUUGUAAAAUAAAGUAGCUGAAGUGUACUGCCGUAUAUCGUCUUCCCUCACUUGUUACACUAACUCUCUAAGGCCACAUAUUUCACCCACAUGAAUUUUAGUUUGUAUAUUUGAUAAUUGUUUUUACUUGAUUUGCAUCUGGCAUAUCUUCGAAAUCUUUCAAUACCGUCUAUUUCUUGGUUAUUAUAGAUGCCUCUUGUUCAGUUAUCUUAAAGAAGUCAGUUGGAAUGUUAAUUUUAUAGUCGCUGAAUGUUAUAAUUGAAUUUUCGUUUAAUGUUGUCUACUUCUCUCUUGAACGUUUGUACUCGUCCAUGCUCUAUUUUAUAUGUCUUUUCAUCUUGUACCAAUGAAAUUUAAAUUUCGCAUAAAGUUGUUUUAUCAGCAAUAGUACUGUUCUAGCUUCAUUAGUAUACGGUGUUUUAAAUGUGCUUCUUGUUUAGAAUUAGGAUUUUUUUAUUUUUCCAUGGGCGGAGACUUAAUUGAUUACAUGUAAUCAGGUAUUUGCUUUAAGUUCUCUAUUUUACUGAUUGGUAUUUCUUUGGGAAUUUUGCAGUCGAAUUCGCAUUUAUUAGUUAUUUUUUCUAUUUUAGUUCGUUUAUUUAUAACCUACGUCGCAGACAAUCUUAAUCUCGAUAAAUCGCUGAUACAAUAUAUCUAUAUCGAGUUCUCUAUCUAGGUGUUUAGUGACAGUCCUGCUGCAACGGAGGCUAGUUUAUUUACAGCUAUCGAGUAUUAUAUGAUCGUUUUAAUGAAUAAUGAGAAAAUAAUAUUGCUUUGUGUGUGUCCUCUUUUUUCUAAAUACGCUAUUGCAAAUAAAUUUCAAAACAAACAGCAUCUAGCAUAAAUGUGAGCUUGGCCUUUGAGGCUCUCGCUAGCUGAAAUGAGACAACAUUAUAUUGUGGUAAUGAUGUUUAAAGUAAGAAAUGGCCUCUGUCUUUCUUAUGUCAGUCUGAGAUGUUUAAAGUUAACUCAAAUCUGUACAAUGACCUUCGGUCUUUUAGAUUAAAUUUUCAACUGCGAGAAGCAAUACAAACUAUUUAAGAAUAGUUUUGCUUUCACGGCUUAUAAUUCCCUCCCUUCUAAUUGGUUCAGAGGAAGAAAUGACGUCUGUGAAACCAAUUUAAAGCUAAGAUCAGGUCGUACAUACUCUCUAAACAAGCAUUUUAAAUUCUCUUCUCUGUUAGUUUAUAUAGUGAGUGAUCUGUUCUUAGUUUAGUUUAAGAUAUAGACACAUUCCAUGCAAUUUGAUUUAUUAAGCACUGGUUUUAGGAAGAAAGAUACUUUAUUGUAAAGUUAUUUGAUAAAACUACCGUGGGUAAAGAAACUGUUUUUACUCACUCACUUUGUUUGAAUUACAAAAUUAAAAUAGCUAUAAUUAUUUCUACUAGUUUUUAUGUCGCUGCGGGUUUGUAAGUAUCCUAACAGUGGCCCUAUUGAUCGAGAACUUUCAAAUGCAUUGGAUCAUGUGUGCAGGUUUCAGCUAGAAAAUUUAUCAAAAAAAUUUAGCAGAAUUUAGAUAUAUAUAUAUAUAUAGGAAAUCAAUAAACAGAAACUGAAAUUUUAACAUUCCUUUUUCUAAAGAAUUUCUUAGUUGCAAUUUAUUUCAUCAUGUAGUACAAAAUACUGCCUCAAGAAGAUAAAACGAUUAUUGUACAAAUCAUUUAAUAGUUCUUCAUUUUAGUAGAACAAAUUUUCGGAAAUGGCAAUUUUCGCAUAAUGUUACAAAGAGUUCUACAUUGCGUGGAAGCAGAAACGGAUUUCGUUUGGAUUAAAUUGUUAUUAAGUUUUGAAUACAAAUGAGAAACGAUACGAUGAAGAAACCAGUUUAAAUCAAACUAAAUUGAAUCAAAUUAUAGUUAUGCAAUUAUAUUAUGCAAUAAUUAUAUUAUGCAAUUAUAAUUCUUGAAUGUUUGAAGUGUUUCUUCAUUCUCAAAUUCUUUUUAGCGUUCUUCAAGGAAUAAGUAUUAGUAAAUAGAAAUGAAAAAAGGGGUGAACUGUUGUGAUUAAAAGAAAGAAAGUGUUUAUGUUCUUGUUGUUGUAAAUGAAAACUAUGAUUGGUCGUCGAGUUCUCACGCAUUUCACGAGUACUGACCGCAAACAGCUCUUUGCGGACUUAACGCAAAUUUUGCGGUCCAUACGAUCAUAGUUCAGAGACUGGUUAUGAAAGCCGGCAAACAUCAAAGUUGAAAACAACGUUGCAGUAGUUUAUGUUGGAAGCUCCCUGACUGUGCACAAUCCUUUUUUUGCUCACAAAUUGUGACUGAAUAAAUUAAUGCAAUGUUUCUAUUAGUCAGAAAGUUCAAAAUGAUAGGAAUGCAUUUGAACGUUGUGCACGGUUGGGUCCAAACAUAAUCAAGGAAUCUAACGGGUUACAUAACCAUCCCACCUUAAUAAGGGGCUAUGAUGCGAUCCUUACGAUGGCUUAUACGGACUAAAAAAUUCGUUACUGUCCGAGUGUAUUGUACCUCAGGCAUUUUGUUAUGACGUUACGUAGACUACAUGUUUUUACGCUCUGUAUAAAGUAGCAACAUGUCGCACGAGCAGGUAUAGUAUGUCUCAGUUUAUGGCCCUUUAUCUUAUUUUUGCCGAGAAAAAUAUAAUGCUUCAUAAAUGUUACCUGUUGUACCCUUUUCUGUGCUGGUUUCAGGUAGGAGACUCAUGUAAAUGACAGUUUAUUUGCAUAAAAAUACAAAAAAAAAAUGUAAUUAUUUGUAGAUUCCCAAAAAUACGUUUUUUAAAGUCACGCAACAAAAAAAUAAAUUUGAAACCGUGCAGUGGAAGAAACCAAGAAGAUCAAAUGUUAUAAAAGACUAAUUUAUAAACAAUUUAUCCAAGUCUCAGGUCUUUCUGGCCCACAGUUUCUGAGUUAUUUGCCGAAACGUUUCAUGCACCUUUGUAGAGCUUUGUACGAAGACACCGUUUUGGUGCACCGAUAUGGCCGCCGGAAAUCAACAAAAGCAUCUGGAGUUCACUUUGUCUAUAAACCCUCUUUUUUCACUGGAGAACUAGAAUAUGUGCGCAUAAACAUAUAUUCUAAUACUUGAAAUGCUUAUACUGCUGAAAAUCAAGGGGAGAGACCUUUCAACGGGACAGCAUUCCUAUUUUGGUGUCACGCAUUGUGAAAACUCGGAAGUUCAAAUUGCUGUAUUUUUGAAAUGAAACAUGCGACGGUAGUAGAAACUUGUACAAAGAUUUAUUUUUUGUUUAUCUUCAACCUGCUGUAAAUAAGAAUUCGUAAAACCUCACUAUUUUGACUUUACAAUUUGAUGACGUCACUGUGAAAACCAGGUGGUGUUAAAGAAAAUUUUCUCAGCUAACUUAAACAGUUGUUUCUUUUAUAAGUAUUAAAAAAAUCAUAACAUUUUCUCUGUCUUAAAGUUCUUCGACGGCUUGGACAAUUCUUUAUCUGACAUUGAAUUAUUGAAAAUGUUACAAAUGAAUUAUUGUGCAAGAAGGAUAAAUUUGUUUUAUCUUACGUUUGAGGAGUCUUUGAGGCCUUUUUGUUUGCUUGCAUACUUUUUGUGAAUUCCUUGUAACGCAGUGAAUUCCUCUUUAGUUUCCGUGUGAAAAUAAAUUCCCAAUAGGCUGUCACUCGUUUUGUACCUUCGGAAGAUAAACAUUUGUGUCAUGAUUCGCUGAAACGAUAUCACACGACCCGGGGGGGGACUCCCAUAUGAAAAGGGUGGGGAUGCUCGUCGGGAAUUUUGAAUUAAACACCUAGAGGAGAUCAAUUCGGGACUAGCCCAACCUUUUCUUGACCGCUAAAAGAGAUCAUUUUAAACUUUAAUUAAAUGAAUCGAGUAAAUAUAAUAAAUUGAAAAUACUUAACCUUUUUGUAUUUCUUCGCCUACAACCAGCCCUAAAAGAGACCUUUACGGCUAAAUAUAACGGCGUUUUGAACAGAGCAUCCUAAGUGAGACCAAAAUCCUAAAUUUACACCCCUAAGCGAGACGACGAGCAUCCCCGCCCCUUUCAUAUGGAAGUCCCCCCCCGGUCACACGAUUUAAUCUAGUUUAGUGGUGAACCAAAGUUAUCCCGGUUUAAAGACUAAAAACUUGUUUACUGUGAAAGUUGCUUUUAUUGCACGCACUUGAAAAGUGUAUUGUGAAACAUACCUUUUAAAGUGCGUGCGUGUUAUUUAAAAAAUAAGGGCGUUUUGACUGUACGUGUGCUCUGUGUUCUGUUGUAAAGUACGCAGAAAACGGCCAGAGCAUGAAAGAAGUGUAGGGGGAAACACAAGACUAGUCGAGUGUUUCUCUCUACUUCUUGAGUGCUUUAGCUGUUUCUAGCAUGCUUUACAACAGAACAGAGCGCAAGGCUUUUUUAUUUGUUCUAUGGUAAAGAAACCGCUUCAUUUUCCUACACAUUACUUUCUAAUUUUCGAAACAAACUAUUGAAAGAUCGCGUGACAGCUUUAGCUCCUUGUUUUAUACUCUCAUAAAGCACGCUUUUUCAACCAAUUACAGUGCACGUUAUAUUACUGUUUUCGCAGAUAUGUUUUUAUCCCCUGAAAUUCAUUUUUCUUGUAAGUUAGAGAUAUUUGGUUAUUCUUUUCUUUAAUUAAAAAGUGCGAAGUAUCAUUUUCUGGAUAGUUGUUUUGUUACCAUUAAGUCAGCACGUUUUGUUUUGUUAGCUGUGAAAGACAGUUGUCGUUUUAAUUGCGCAAGCUAGAUAAGUGUGUUAUAAAACACAUAUUUUAAAGUGAGUGCGUGUUGACAAUAAUUACUAUAGGAUGGGUGCUGCAACUACGUUUAACGCAGAUACGUUUAAAUGCCCCGAAACUCUCGUUGUAUUGUAAGGUAGAGAUAUUUGACGUAGAAUUAAGGGCGAAGUUUAAUUGUCUGGAUAGUUUUUUAGCCUUUCCAUUAACCAUUUGGUAAUUGUUUUAUACUAAAAAUCAAGCAUACCCUAUUGGAGUCUAGGUUUUGCUAAAGGGUUCCAUGUUGAGUGUCGAGGGUCCCAUAAAAAUAUAGAGUGAAUAAUUACAACAUAAUGAAUGAAUUAUGAAGUACCAGAGUGAUUUUGCCCUCCUCCCGGGCCUGAAGAAGGUACCCAUUUCGGGCGGACUCUUCCCAUGUAGGCCAUUAUAGAGAGUGCCCCCUGGAUGCUGCGGCGAAUUUUUUGGUCGCCAUUUCCGGUGUUCGCUGUCAACUCAGUUUGGUUUAGCGGUGUGUGCGAACAUAACCUCUACUCUCCUGGAUUUUUUUAUGCAAUUUGCCGCUGCCAAUCACUUUAUGAGCCGGUUAUAUACAUGUCCAAGCACUCAUUCUUUAACAAAAAGUCUUAAAGUCACUUUGCGAAAUCAUAACUUAUGAGAUGGAACUUUCAUAUGGCACUUCCAUUUUUCGACGAGAAACCAAAUUUGAUAAACAUGACCGAUUCUGGACGACAAAUGUUUCUUGUCCGGGAGCUUCGCAAUAUCAAAGUAACAAACGAGUUUCAUUGGCAGUUGGAUUACAACCCCCGUGUUGUGAAACUGUUCGGCAUGUAGUGCAAAAUAUGAAAUCACGCUUUUCUGUUGUAAUACAGUAACACGGCAACUCUAACCUGGCAGAUUUUCAAUCCAUAAUAUGGGUUUCCAUGGCUUCUAGAUGUACAUUCUUUUAUAACUAGUCACGUUUUCAAACAUGAAUUAGGGGCUGGGGGUGGGUACCGCGUACCGUGGCACAGAUUACGUACAACAAAAGAAACAAUACAACCAAACAAUAAAGCACCCAGGAGAACUCCAUCGUUUGGUUCCUUUGUUUCUAGUAAAUGGAACGUGGCCAUCCUAACUUUUUGCGCGAUGUCCACUUAAAAGAUAUCGUAUGUCCACGUGCAAUUCGGUCAAACGUCUUUUUAAUUUUUUUUUUUUUCAAUAUAACCUGAAUUUAUAAAAUACUUUUACAUAUCUUUAUUUCAAAAAAAAAUUGUUACCCUUCAUGCAACCACAGAACCCUCGCCCUUAUCUUAGGUUUAGGUUAUUUUCGCACAAGGCUUGCAAAUAGUGUCGAAUUGUGUUGUGAAAUAUUUCGUAGGUUGUUUUUAAUUUAUUUCAUGUUUGCACUCGAAGUUUCACACCUGCCUAGAGUUUCGUUAUGAUUAGGUUUGUAGAUCAAGGUCAAUCCGUAUUUGUAUCAACAGGUUUAAUUUGAAUUUUAUCACCUUUUUAAGGAGUUUUUCAACAUAAGUGUCGUUUAUUAAAUUUGAGUGGCAGUCCUUGAAAUGGAUACGUUUUGGGAUCAACCCUGACCUUGAUUGUUACCUACACCAGAUUUCCUGUUUUGGUUUAAGGUCGAGCCUCGUGUGUUAAGUUGUCAAGCUUUCAUUGGUUUUCUUGUACUUGACAUUAUUAACCUUAUACCCUCACUUUAAUUUGGUUAUCAACAGGAAAUUCGUUUACGUCAUUAGGAAGUGCGUUCGUAAUUAUGUAACUCUCAUGGUACGCACCUAUACAUUUAGGCUAUUUAAGUUGCCAACAUUGGGGUCAGUCUAAGUGGAUCAGAGAUUUUCAGCUAGUCAUGUUGUAGGAGUGUGCAGUUGGUGGUUGAGCUGCAGUUUUAGUAGAAAGCAUAUGAGCUGCUUUGAAGAAUAAAAAACGCUAAGGUGUAAAUCAGAUUCCUGAUACUUCAUCGCUAAGCGAGCGAGUUGCUCGAGCACCCCCACACUGAUAUGACAUGAAAUGAUAAAUCUGUCAAGACUUUUCAAGCCGCCUUGAUCUCUUAUCUGCAUGCAGCAUUCUCUUCCCUAGGAGGACCUACAGCUCGCGUCUUCAUGCCACGAUCUAUUGAUUGUUUACAAAGUCAUUUAUUUUAGUUAUUAUUUUUUCUUCUUUUUUGGUAAUUAUUUACUAAACUUAUUUUUUAUGCGAUCCUCGACCAAGACCCAGACUCUAUUGCGAAAACUUUUAUUAAGACAUUCAUGGUGUUGGUUGAUUUUUCUAUAAGUAAUUUUAAAUUUGGCUUAAAAGCAGAGUUAUCUCGGUCUAAAGUUACUUUAACUGUUUACUGUGAAAGCCGUGACGGUUGAGAUUGCACGUACUAGAAAAGUGUGUUAUAAAACAUAUCUCGUAAAGCGAGUGCGUGUCAGCAAUAACGAUCCUUUAGAAUGGACUUUUUUACAGAUAUGCUUAAGCAUGUCCUGAAAGUUACGUUGUAUUUAUUAUCAUUAUUAUUAUUUUUAUUAUUAUUGUUAUUAGUAGUCUUUAGAUAGUCAUUUUACGACAAUUCUCUUUCGUACACAAGAAGAAUGUACAUAGGGUAAUACUUCAUAUUCUUGAAUCUGUAAAUAGUCUAUUUUUUUAAAUCUAUGAAUAAAGUUUUGUUUUAAAAGUUAAAAAAAUAUAUUAUUAUUAUUAUUAUUAUUAUUAUUAUUAUUAUUAUUAUUAUUAUUAUUAUCAUUAUCAUUAUUGCUAUUUUUUGUCACCAAAUCAAAAGACUACAAACGACGAUGCUCACAACUUAGCACCGCACUGUAGCUAAACAAAAGUAGUCUGCCACGAAACACAGUAAUGAAAUAAAUAAACAAUGUGCUAUAUUUUCAAAAAAUUAUUAUUAUUAUUAUUAUUAUUAUCAUUAUUAUUAUUAUUAUUGUAUUUUCAUUUUUUGACUAUAAUUUUCUGGAUGCUCUAUAAGCAUAAAAUCCUUGGUAUGUGUUAGGUUAUUAUUACAAUUAAUACAAUCUGGAGAUAAGUAGUUAUCUUGGUUUAAAGUUAAAUAACUUGUUUAUUAUGAAGUUGUCACUGUCGUAAUGUUCUUCGCCAUAAACCACGGAAAGAACACCAAAAGCGCUCUUCCUCUGCCACGAAUUUACUCAACAUACCUGUCAGUGCUGUCUACCAGCUACAGGCCCUUAAAUUUGCUUUCCGCUGGCACAAAAAGAAGUUGCCCAGCAUUUUUCAAAACUAUUUUCAGUGUGCCGAUAAGUACUUAAUUAUAAUGCACUAUACUAUGCCCUAAAAAAGAACUCUUAUAAACGAAGCGCAAGAACGAAUAUUGGAAAAUAGUCAAUUCAAUCUAAAGCUGUUGACCUCUGGAAAGAUCCUACCCAUCAUUUUUUAUUCUUUCUUUGCUAGUUAUACCUGUCCCUUCUAUAGCUAGGAGCUGGCAUGAAAACGUUUUUUUUUUUUUUAUCGUAAUGUAUCAUUUUCAGUUAUGUAAUAAUUAGCCAUCGUAAAAUGUAGUACUCUCUAACUGGUUGUUAUAAUAAAGGUUGUUGUUAUUGUCACUGUCAGGCACUCUUCUUUGUAUUUGGUAUUGUUACUUUUCGCCUUAGGUGAAAUAUCACUAAAUACCCAAAGACCAAUUCUUUCUUUUGUUAAUACUUCAAUAUAAAGGCAGGUGGCCGUCACCAUAAGUGUUAUAUAUCAUCCUUCUAAUGUUUUCCAGAUACAUUGAACUUUGUCUUGCUAAUGAAGACGCCCCGUCUCAUUUCAAACCAUUCCAAAAUCAUGUUUGCAGUCCAAAGAUUAGUAUUUUCUGUACAAUGAGGUUAAUCCCACUGGCUGUUUUCUAUUCAGAAUAAAAGAGUGUCCUCCAUACUUUUUUAUGCGUUGAAAGGGCACAGUAAUAGUCUGAUCACAAGUUCCAAAAUGAUAAAGAUGUUUCUAUAUGAAGGAAUCUGCAAGAAAAGGAGUGCACAUUUAUUAGCAAUAUUUUUGGUCAAAUAAAAAUGAUGCUUGACUAAUAUUAAAUCAUUUAUUGUUAUUACUAUUACUAGUAAUAACCAAAGGUUAUGGAGAGCGGGCGACAACUAUCGGAAAUCCAAACGCUUUUGCUCCAACGUAACCUGCGAUCAGGUGUCCUUCUUCCCUGUUCAUUUUGAAAAAGAAAACGCCUGAUCGCAAGUUAGCUCCAACGCUGUGCUUUGCGUAAGUUUCACGUGACAGAUAGUUAAAACACGCCUGAUCAGUUUACGAGGGGUAGAAGGUCCAUACGGGCGUGAUCAAAUUGCGUACAUUCCACUCAUUCUUAGUGGAAGUCCAAACGAAUGCUCCUACAUACAUGCGACGCAUGCCUAAUAACAACCUGGAGAUUAGGAUUGCGGGCUCCUCUUGUCGCCCGCAAUUAUUAUUAUUAUUAUUAUAUUUAAGACAGUAUGUCGUUUUAAGACCAUAAAAAUCUAUUAGUCAAAACAAUGCUUAAAAAUGAUAACAAUGCUUACCUGCAAUCAAAGUGAGACUGAAAUUGUGACUACACAAACUGACCCGCAAAAUGGUCACCAUAAAACGUGAAGAACUAGGGUAAAAUGUCUCAUAUUUAUUGCAGAAUAUCAUAUUAUCAAUCAUAACUAUCAUUUUUGAUAUAUCAAUAUUUCUCUCAUACGAGUCUUGCAAGGUUUUUUGAUAAUACCAUGAUAGAUCAUCGUUCAUAAGAGCUUAUGAUAUUUUGAUUUUCCCACUGACAAACUACCAUGAUAAUAUCACAACAUCAUGAUAUCAUCGAAUUAUCAAUAGCAAUAUCAAAAUCCACAACAUUUGCUCGGAUCUGACUGAGUGUGAAAGGCGUUGAUAGUUUGAUAUAUCAUGAUAACAUCACAAUAUCAUGAUACUCCGUAAAGAGAUCAAUUACAAUAUCAAAAUCUCAAUUAAAAUCUGAUUUGCUGAACGAGUUCAGUUUAUUUUCAUUAUCAUGAUAAUAUCAUGAUAUCAUGAUACCAUGAAAAUAUCAAUAAUAAUAUUAAAAUCUUUUCUUUGGAUAUGAUUGAGCGUCUCGGGUUUUGUUUUUAGGUCACAGUGUCAUGACACAGUCACAAUAUCAUGAUUUUAAAUGGUGUCAGUACAACAUCUCAAAUGCAAUCUAAGAUUUGAUUAAGCAUGUAAGGAUAAUAAUUGUAAUGAUAUCGUCAAAAUAUUGGGUUUAAGCAGCUACCCUUUUUCACAACAGUCUAGUUUUUCAGGGGUUUUAUUUUCACUGCAAAAGGGCGGAUGAGCUCUGUUUAGAGCCAACGGCCAUCGUGCAAAUUAGCUCUGCUGCCUUGCGGAUAUCUCUGGGAGGAGAAAAGGCUAAGGAGUAAACCCUACAGAACUCCCGAGUGGAGCCACUAAGGCGGUUUGAUAGUCAACUUGAUUACCCUCGGCAGCUCCUGCAGCCUAUCAGGUGCCAAAUGUAUUGCUCCGCUCUCCUUUGGACUACAUCAGUGAGGCCGAGAGGGGGAUCCUGAUGACUGGGCACCCCAAGAUUUCCAUAUACACCGCCCAGGCUUGCGCCCUGGAGAGGUCACUCUAGUGGCGCUGUUCACAGCGUCAGAACCAAUACGGGAGACAGCAGUUACGAGUUAUAAGCUCAGACCAAUUGAUGUAGGUCUAGGUGGUACGGACUGUCUCCGACGGUUGGAGGGAUCAUCGUGUCCCACCGGACAGCUACCGCCCGCCUCAAGCGAGGCAACCCCGGCCAGUAAGGUGCUAACCCACCACAGUCUGCCUGCCUCGCUGGGUGCUUGAAGCUCCUUUGCACAAACUUGUAGCGAGUUUGGUGUCACCAUCAGUCUCAAAAAGACCAACACUUCUUGGCCAAGACGUCAGCAGUAUGCCAAGCAUCUCCAUCGCGACAACACUCGAGGUGUUGGAGGACUUCACUUACCUACAAUCAUGGACAAAAGUCUUGGGACACUUUUGCGUUGGUGGGGCGUUUUCCAAUUCACACAAGUCCAACCCCUCCCCUCACCCCCACAAACAACGUUGGACGCGUGUCCAGAAUUUUUUUCGAGUUUCAACUUUGUAUAGCUAGGGUAAAGGGAGGGAGAACUGCAAGAAAAUUUCCAAAAUGAUGCACUGUUUUAAGAGGGAACCGAGAAAUGACAGAAAAAUAAGAAUAUUGUAGUACUGUCCCAAGGACUUUUGUCCAGGAUUGUAGGCUCCAACAUCUCCAUCAACUCUCCCUAGACACUGAACUGAAAAACGAAUUGGCAAAGCAGCAGCAGCAGCACUGGCACGAGCUCUGGAGGGUCUGGGACAAUACCAAGUUGACCAUCAGCACCAAGAUGAAGUUGUACCAGGCCCGCGUGCUCAGCACCCUGCUGUGUGUAGCAAGACCUGGACCCUCUACUCCCGCCAAGAACGCAGACGCAACACCUUCACGUGUGUUGUCUUAGAAGCAUUUGGGCAUCACCUGGCAAGACCGUGUCCCGAACAAGGAUGUCCUAGCACAGCCUGAAGUACCUUGCGUGUUCGCCUUGCUCAGUCAGAGUUGGCUGCGCUGGCUUGGCCAUGUAAGCCGCAUGGAUGACGAAAGAAUUCCUAGAGACAUACUCUAUAGCGAGCUUGCCACUGGAACUAGACCGGCAGGAAGGCCUAAUCUUCGCUUCAAAGAUGUUUGUAAACAAGAUCUAAAGGCAGGCAAUAUCAACCCUGCAGAUUGGGAAGUUGCAGCUGCAGACCAAAGCCACUGGAGGCUUGCUGUUACAGCACUCAGGAGUGUGAGGAAAGGAGAGAGGAGAGAGCGCAGGCGUCUGAGGGCAGCGUCAGUUCCCACAGAGCCAAGCAUGGAUUUCAUCUGUAACAACUGCAACAGAGACUGCCGAUCCAGAAUCGGAUUGUACAUCCACAGCAGGGGCUGCAACUCAGCCACUGACUAAACCUUGGAGCGGAUUCCAUUGUCUCCCGGACAGACUGAUGCCAACAAUUUUCACGGCAAUAAUACCAGAACUGCUGAUAAUGUAAAUAAAAAUAAAUAGAAAAUUGUAUACAUUAGAAUCAACCACAAGAAACCCAGAAAAAAUCUAAGUUCCAGGUGGGAAUCGAACCCACGACCCUCCGUACUCUAGUCGAUCGCCGAUGCUCUAACCACUGGAGCUACUGGAGACUUCGUACUAGAGUGAAGAGGUUAACAUUUUUCUAUUUUCCCUUCUUAAUAGACCUAUUUUUUAAAAAUGCAUUCUACUAAUAGGCUUCCAGAAGCUAAAAGGAAUGUUAAUCAUCACUAAACCUGUUAUUCCCAAAGCUUUGCAUUGAAGGGUGACUUCCAGGGUGAAUGCAAUUGCAGCAUAUGUACAAAGCCAUCAAGCACAUUUACCUGUUGGAUUCUUUUUUCAGUUUAAAGACUGUAAAACGUAGGUUACAAAGGGAAAAAUGCCUGUUUAUCCUGAAAAUAACUGUCAUCCUCUGGACCUUUUAAAAUGAACCUGCUCUGCUUUGUCCUACAACAGGAUGGGUUUGCAGGGGGUUGCAUAGUUUCUGUGCCCUGUUGGGUCAUCAUUGAUUGUAGAAUUUAUGCAGCCUGGGUAAUCAGAGGCUACAUAAUUUCUGCACUGAGUAUGGGUCAUCGGGGGUUCAGAAUAUCUGCAGUAUCGGUCAUUAUGGAUUGUAUUUAUGCAGCCUGGUUCAUCAGCGACUGCCGAAUUUCUGCAAUGAGUAUGGGUCUUCAGAAGUUGCAGAAUUUUUGCAGUAUGGGUCAUCAGGAAUUGUAGAAUUUCUGCGGAAUGGGUCAUCAGGGAUUGCAGAAUUUAUGCAGCCUGGGUAAUCAGAGGCUACAUAAAUUCUUGCACUAAGUAUCAGUCAUCAGGGGCUUAGGAUAUCUGCAGUAUAGGUCAUCAUGGAUUGUAUUUAUGCAGCCUGGUUCAUCAGGGACUGCCGAAUUUCUGCAAUGAGUAUGGGUCUCCAGAAGUUGCAGAAUUUUUGCAGUAUGGGUCAUCAGGAAUUGUAGAAUUUCUGCAGAAUGGGUCAUCAGGGAUUGUAGAAUUUUUCGCAGCACCGUUUAUUAGAAGCCGCAGAAUCUUGGUGGCACCAAUCAUUUCGGGGUGCUAAAUUGUUUAGCACUUUGAAUUAGAGGGACGUGUCUUUUGAAAUCGUUUUUAUACCAAAGUCUAAAAAAACCUUUCAUAUAUUUCUAAAAAAAAUUUAUCCGCAAAAUUAAUUACCGAAAUUGCACAAAAAAUAAGGCUGACCAAUUUGGCAUGUUUACGCUCAAGAAAUUCAAUAUUUAUGUACAGACGUUGUGCUUUACUUCACUUCACUUCGCGUCUUUUUAGUACACUUCACUUUUCUUCAUUAUACUUUAGUGAAGCAAUAUUCAACCGUGUUGGCUAAUGAGAAAAUGUUGUUUUCCAGUCGCAGCUGAAACACCAGGAAUGCAAGCAUGAUGUCUACGCCAGGUCCACUCGACCCAGCUUCACCAAUAUACGAGCUCCAGAAAGAGAGGCCCUCUUUCGCCUCAAAUGAUGUACAUUUCCUAGAAAGCUUUCGCGUAUACCGUGAAAGGUCGAGUGAAACUGAAAAAUUAUUUGAGAGCUUCCAGACUCACAUACCGCCAUUAAUCCAGAGCCAAAUGGUUCCCAAGCGCCAGCGAUUAAACAUUUUGAGCGUUGGAAGUGCGGAAGGCAAGACAGAUUUAAUGAUACUAAAAAUUAUCGGGCUAGAACUGCAGAAGAGUGACCACGGCCAACAUAUAGAAAUUUUCAACCGAGCCAUUGAGCCUAACAGCUUUUCUUGCGGCCUCUACAAAGAAGCUAUCAAAAAUCCUACAAGUCCUCUCGAUAAUCAGCAAACGUCUUUUGAAAUCUGCCAGCAGACCUUUGAUGAGUACCAAAAAUCCAAGAAAGAUGAAAUAAAAUUCGACCUCAUACAUUUUAUCCAUAGUAUUUACUACGUUAACAUGGAAGAGACUUUGAUUAGCUGUAUUGAAAAAGAACUCAGUGACAAGGGGCAUUUUCUCAGCGUAGUCGUGACAACUCAAGAUCUUAACUAUUUGGUUUGUUCAAAGCAAAAACGACCAACAAGAGAAAUAAGUGAAAAAUCUGAAAAGUUGAUCCAGAUCGCAAAGAAGUAUGGCUGGAACUAUGAGGUGUACACCACAGAAUACGCUAUUGACUUCACCCACGUUUUCGACCCCAAGUCAACUGAAGGAAAUCUGCUGCUGGACUUCAUGACGCACAUCGUGGAUUAUCGCAACACCGCUGACAAACAACUGGUACAAGAAACACUGGCUCUUAUCGACGAGAAGACUGUUCUGAAAGAAGGUAAAAAAAUUGGAAAGGGGGAGUUCUCUCUGGUUGUCAUCAGCAAAAGAUGCGACAUGUGA